GAUGGGGACGGGAGAAGUCAGAUGUGGCAAGUGGGGUGGGAUGUGGAGUGGGCCCAUGAUCGAGCGGUUAGAAUGCCUUUAAUUUUCGUGCAACAUUUGAUCAAACCCUGACUGAAGUACUGGACUGAACCCAGCUAGUUAGUCCCACGCGGCCGUCGACCGCCGCCGCCGCCGCCCGCGAUGGCGCGCCGCCUCUUCUGCGCCACGAGAGCGCUCCUUCUUCCCUUCCCAGCUCCCGCGCCGGCGCCGGCGCCUGCCCCGAUAUCUUCCGCGGCGGUUGCGGAGGCGGCGGCUUCGCUCCUGCCACUGCUCCCCUGCAAGCGGCGCAAGAAGCUCCUGAAGAAGCUCAACAGCCCGCGGGUCGCGCCCAUCGAGCCGGAGGCCGCGCGCCGUGUCCCGGAACUCGACGCCGUACUCGACCGCGAUACGGCCUUCCGGUUCCUCCACCGCGCGCGCUCGUUCCUGGCUUCCCUCCCGCCUCCCCACCGGAUCCCCCUUUCCGAGGCCGGCAAGCUGUACCGCGAGCUCGGUUUCCCCCGUGGCCGCAAAGUGGCGCGCUCCGCUGCGCGCCACCCGCUGCUGUUCCACCUCCCCGUCGUGGACUCCGUCCCGCACCUCGCGCUCACGCCGUUCAUGCGCUCACUCCUCGAGGAAGAGCGCCGCAUCCACGAGACGCUCCUCCCGUCGCGGGUGCGCGCAGUCCGGAAGCUCCUCAUGCUCACCGCCCACCGCCGCGUGCCGCUCGCGAAGCUCCACCACUGCCGCGCGGUGCUCGGCCUCCCCGAUGACUUCCGAGACCGCGUCCGCGACUUUCCGGAUGACUUCCGCGUCGUCGUCGACCCCGCGGACGGCCGCCAUGUCCUCGAGCUGGUGCGCUGGGACCCCGCGCUCGCCGUCAGCGCGCUGGAGCGCGACUACGUCGUGGACGAGCGCCGCGUCCGGCGCACGUUCCGCUUCGCCGUCCCGCACCGCCGGUUGAUGCCGCUCGACGCGGAGGACGCUGACCGCCUCGACGCAGCGACCACAUUCCCGCUGGUCUCACCGUACACCAACGGCGCGCUGCUCAAGCCAUGGACGCCCGAGGCGGAGAAGUACCGCGUCGGGGUGGUGCACGAGUUCCUGAGCCUGACAGUGGAGAAGCGCGCGAUGAUCCACCACAUAGUCGAGUUCAAGGAGGAGUUCGGGCUCACGCGGCACAUGUACGAGUCGCUGAAGAAGCAGAACCGCGCGUUCUACCUCGCCGGCACGGAGAUGAACUGGGCCCUGUUCCUCAGAGACGCGUAUGAUGAAAAUGGCAUACUCAAGGAGAAGGAUCCCCUGGUGCUGUUCAAUGAGAAACUGCAGCGCUAUGCCUGCAUGACCAAGAUGGAUUCCGGAGAGGCCAUGACUGAUGCUUCGGGCUUGACUGAAUAGAAUCAGCUUUCAGUUUGGUGGCUUGUGCCUUGUUCAUCUCCUACUCGGCCAUUGAACUCGGUCAGGUAUACAGUUCUCGCUAGAAUUACAUUUUAUCUUCAAUGUCUAUAGAUUUUUCACUGUUGUUGUAUUGGGAAAAUUCAUUUUUAUACUGCCUGGUUUCAUGUCUUAAUCAGUUUCCCUCCUGAUGAAUGUUCUCUCACAUUUGACAAUGGUGAACAAUUGUAACAGUGUUCUUGUUAAUGUCAUCUAAAACUGCUUUUAGAAGUAGCCAGGCUAUAUCCACAUUUACCUGAAGUCUCCUACAUUUGUUCACCAGUUACUUCAGUGUAGCUUUCAAACAUACUCAUCGCUUGUAUUAGACAUUUUGACAGGUGACAUGCUCCAAUUAUGGUUAGUAGCCAUUCUUAAGCAGAAAAUGUACAAGGCAUUUUCAGAUCUGCUGAAAAAUUCACCAAUCCAACCCUUUUAGCCGAAGACUCUUUUUGCUCUAUAACAAGGGCAAUCGAUGUGUUGUGGGUGCUGUAUGCUUUACUUGUUUUGCUAAAACAAGAAUUGCAGAUAAUUAGAUAAUGCAUCAGAAUAUACAACUGUGAUUAGUGUUCUGUCUUUUUUUUAUCUAACAUGCAGGCUAGCUGCGUAUCUUUAUAUUAAUAGGGAGGAAAAAGGCCAACCCACUCUAUCACACUAGAACAGAGGGGUUGUAGUACAGGAUAAGAUUACAAAAUCACCGGUAAAAGGUAAACAAACACAACCUCAAUAAGGCUUGUUAGAUUAGCCCCUUCAUCCAACCUAGUCCUAGUUCCUGGAGUUUUCAGGCUCCAGCAAAUUUCCAUAUCUUCAGUUCAUCCAUGAACAGGCGCUGUGCAUUUUGAACCGAUGGAAGAGCGCCCAUCGAAGAUACACCUGUUUCUUUGUUUCCAUAAGGUCCAAGCUCCCAAAAUAACAGCACUGUUGAAACCCUCUCUGAGAUGCAGUAAUCCGUUUGCUAGCUUUCCUCCACUAAUCAGCAAACUUCAGCUGCUCUCGUCUUGGAACUACUCGGUCAAACCCAACAGGAGCUAACACCAUGUGCCAGAAUUGCCGAGGGAAAACACAAGUUGUGAGAAUGUGCUGGACUGUUUCAGCUUCGUGAUCACACAACACACAAUUCUCAGGAUGUGGGAGAUCUCUCCUAGCCAAUCUGUCUGCCGUCCAACAUCUGUUUUUAAUGGCCAGCCAAAGGAAUACUUUGCAUUUGGAUGGUUCUCGGUCCUAUAAGUGCAAAUAAUUCUUGUUACUAGCACUUAGCAGAUGUCGUCAUGGGAAUCAUUCCUAGCCCCCUUUAGAAUCUGAAGAUUACCCAUCAUGGAGAGCUGCCCCUUUGAACCAUCCACAUCAGGAGAUCAUAUUGUGGUUGACUGCCAGAAUACUUUACCCUCUAUACUCGUGGAAAUCUAAUCCCAUUCAUCAGGGCACUUUGCACGAUUGCACAGGCAAGAAUAAGUUUCAGAGCAUGCAUUGGCAAAGCUCUGGAUUCGAGAGUUCGGCCAUAUGCUGUUGAAGUAGGUUAAGUUCCCAGGAUUAUGCUGACAGCCUGGUGGGGGCUUGCCUCCAUUAGUUGUCCCCUUUUUUAGGAAAGUGUGUUUUAAACCCAUUCAGUAAGAAAGGUUCCUGAUUAUAUAUGGUAAAGUGAUAUACUCCCUCAGUUUAUAAAUGUAUGACAUUUUUAUAUUGACAAACGUGACAAUAAAAGUUAACAGAA